GAGCGCGGGGCGGGGUGACGGUUGGCUGGGCGCGAGGCUAACGGCCGCCCGUCGCCUCAGGCGGCCCGCCAUGGCCGCGGGCUGGUGAUAGCCGGUGCAGCCGCUGUUCCGGGGGGUCGCCCAUGGAGGUGAAUUUCUGUGGUUUGCUGGGGUAUUUUAAGGGUAAAUAUGAAAAUGUGCCAGUGUCAAUAUGUAGAAUAAUUCCUGGAGAACUCAGGUGGAGCAGAAUCCACAGCCUAAAGUUGCGUUCCGAGGCAGCAGUCGCUGCUGGAGUAGUGCCGAAGCUGGCGGGAGGCUGACUGAUGUGCUCAGUAGUGUAAUGACAGGCUCUGCCUCGCUGUAUGGUUGCUACAAAUCACAGAAUGAAGAAAAUGUAGAGAUACCUCAGACGUACAGUUCUUCCCUUUCAACGUCAGAGUACUCCGCGCCUGUGGACUCUUCCCUUUUAUACGUACCAUGGUCUACAUGUGGAGAUGAUACUAAGCAGCCUGCUGCUGCUCAGAGUAAUGUGAAGUCCAGGAUUCAGCCUGAAAGGAAUGAUUAUGGCAGUGAAGCAGAUUUAUAUGGCCUUGUGUCUAACAUCUUGGAUGAGCAAGAGAAAUCGCAGCCAUAUUGUGCUGAGGGGAGUUGCCCUUCCAACUUGAAGUCAGUAUGGCCCAUGAACGUAACCAGAAUCGUGGACCACCAUGACUUUGUGCCAGAAACUAAAAGACCAGUUGUUGGAGCUGCUUCACAGCAGCGUUUUUAUAGUAGUGAAUCUGUAUCUGCUGCUGAAAAACAAUACUUGCAGAGUGGUACCCUUGCAUCACAGCAGAAAGCAGAUGAAUGUUACCAUGGAUUUCCUGGCCUGGACCCUGAGGAGCAGAGUCUGUACCCUCCAAGGAGCGAUCAUGCCAACUGUUGCAACAUGCAGACUAAUGAGAACGUGAAGACAACACCCUUGUAUCAGAACUAUCCAUACAUAAAAAACACCUUUAUAACCCCAGCUGGGUAUUCAGAAGUAAUCAAAGACUCAGGAGCUGAUGCUUAUCCUUACGGAAGGGAGAAGGCAUGUCCCAAAGGAGCAGAUGCCAUGUUGCACCAAAAGCGGGUGGAAACAUUUCUUCCACAGCUUCACAGAUAUAAUGAAAACACAGAUUAUAUUAUGUACCCUGAAUAUUCUCACGCUAGUAAAGCAAAGCCUAACAAGAGUGCCAAUUGUAGCUUCCAAGAAAAUAAAAAGUUAGUAAAUGGAACCACUGAGGCACCACCUCUGGACACAGAACCCUAUACUAAGUUAUUUCAAGUUAAAUCAGGAACUCAGAAAAAAAUAGAGGAUACCAUUUUAGAUCAGCAAAACCUUACAUUUCCCAAGGCUGUAGGACUUCUCCCAGAAAAACAAUUUGCAAAUGAAGCUUCAUUCUGCACUGAUUUGGGACAAAAAUUUGAAUAUGGACUAAAAUCUUUCACAGCUUGUCCAGGGAAUAGUGAUUAUGCGAAUGGUGUGGAAAAGCAGCAGUUUUCCAAGUCUGAUCUUCAGAAUUCUGAAUACUGUAGAUCCUUUCCAUUGUUACCACACGCAGCAAACCCUUCAGCAGGCACCACUGUAAGGCCACCUUGGAUGAAUAUUCCAACAAAAACAACUGCUUCUGCCCCAUUUCAGAAUCCUUUGCUGAGACUGAAUAAUCAUUUACCUGCUUUUCCAAAAAGUUCCAGUUAUUCUAAUGAUUUUUUACAGUUGCCAUCUUCAAAUUUCCCUUUAAAUAGCAAUUUAGUUCACAAGUACUUUCAAGAUAACCCUUCAGUUUUUUCAAGUCUUGAUUUUGGUUAUAACGCUGCAGAACGAGCUCGGUCUGGUGCUUGCAUUGAGGCACUGAUUAGGAGUGGAGAAGAGAAUCUCGCCGAGUAUUUAAGUGAAAAGAGAUUCAAGCAGCCAAAUGGAUUCUGUGACAAUUAUGCACCUCAGCAGUUUGGGAUCAUUGAAAACAUGAACAAACACCGUUUCCAGUUGAAGCCACCAAGUGAGUGUUACGAUCUGGAAGGACAGAAACGUGCAGAUGGGCUGUUGCAGAAUGUGUACCAGGAUUUCAUGGAGCCGCAGGCACAGUUUCAUCUCAGGCAGGGGAGUGGAGACAGUAAGGCCAUAAAUCCCCUGAUGUGCCUGCAGGCUCCAGGCUUUCCCAGCAAUUGCAUGAUGGGUGACUUCAGAAGGAAUCAGCAGCUGGGCUCAGGUGCCUUCCCCUUGAGAUCAGGUCGCCUCUUUGGCCAUUCCAUUGUCCCUCUGAUGGAAUCUCCUGACCUGUUCUCCCGUGAUGAUUUAAAACGUUUCUACCCUUACUUUAACGAUAAGGUGUAUGGUGAGAGUCCUUUCUCUGGGUUUGUGCCAGCAUUUGGAUUUCAGAAGCAAUUUAAAAGCCGUAGUGGGUCUGCCAGCGAGCUUUAUGUUAGACUGGAAGAAUGUUACGAGCAGUGGAGAGCUUUGGAGAAAGAAAGAAAGAAGACUGAAUCAGCUCUUGCUAAGAAUUUCCAAGGGAAAAAGAUUUCCAGUGCUAACAACACUCCAGUUCCAAGGCUGACAUCAAACCCAUCAAGAGUUGAUCGCUUAAUUGUGGAUCAGCUUCGUGAACGAGCCAGAGUUGUGACUUUACUGGGAAAAAUGGAGCGCCUUUGCAGUUCUCCCCUUCAUGCUAACAUUUCCACUGCUCUUGAUAAACAUCUGGAGGUAAUUCAUGUAGUGCAGUCCCGUAGAAAAGAUGAAAUUGUAAAUGCUUCCAAUCGACAGAGGCAAGGAGCUCCCAGAUGCCAGGAUGACAAAGAUGUGUUUGCUCUGGCUUUGGCAAUUAAAGAAAUGAGCGUAACAACACGUAAAGCCCGUACGGCUCUGUGGUGUGCGCUCCACAUGACCUUACCCAAACCUGCAGCUGGAAAACCAGACCUGGAGAAAGCGCUUUGGGAGCUGGAGCAGCCUGAGGAGAAAGCCUGUGAAAACCUGGAUGGCAGCAGCAUCGCGAGUCAGAGGGCUGACGUGAGCAACUGCUAAGGAACACUGCACCCAGAAAUACAGGCCACAGGGUGUACGUGUGAGAGAUGCUACACUCAUUCUUUUUAAUUAUUUGUAAAGUUUUGAACUAAUAUUCCUAUUUAAAGCUGUAUCUUGACAAGAAGUUGAAUUUGCAUUAAGGGCUUUCAGGUUCUACUUCAAACUGUUCACAUGGCAGCGUCAGAAUAUUGUAAAGCCAAACAGGUGAAUGUUAACUUAAAAAGUAAUCAGAUUUCUUAAUUGACAGCCAGGGCAUUAUUUAACUUCUGCAGGUGACCCCUGAUGUACAACUCUUCUGAUAACUUCUUUUAGUUUUGCUUUAGGAAAUAGGUUUUAAAAUAAUGAUUCUUAAAGACUGUAGUCUAAAGGGUGUCCGGUCAGUGUCAGAUGAGAUUGUGAUGUAAAAAUGGUUUCCUUAUCGAACUAAAACCUGGAAACAGGAGGACAAAAAUGUGAAGAAUACCCCAUAUUCAUGUAAAAUUAAAUAUUUAAAAUAGAAAUAUUUAUGAAUUUGAGAUUUUAGAUCUAAGUUGGUGAAAGGAGAUGCACCAGGUUCUACUAAAUUACUGGUAUGACAAAAUUGCUGUUGUGAAACCAUGUAAUUUAGUAAACGUGUUCAAAAGCAUUUGGGCAUGCUCUUGGGGAAUAAACAAAAGAAACCUCUGUUUUAAAGUAUUUAAACCUAAUCAAAAGAGAGCAUGCACACAGGAUUAUCCUUUUAAAAGCUGUGCAGCAGCUGAAAAAUAAUGAGCACUGUUUUUAAUACCGUCACUUGAAAAUUGGAAGAGGCAUCACAACAUUCUGAGAUGUAGGUUUUCUUGAAGUUACUCUUUUCACUAGUUUGGCUUGAAAUUUGGUUGUCAUAUUUUAAACUUCUUAACUGACCUCUGUGGUUUUGACAGCUCUGAGUACUUGUUUAUCUGCAUAUCUUAACCCGUACAGAGCAUAAGUAACGUAUUUGCCACUACAAAAUGCUGGUAUUAUGUGGCUGAGGAGA